UAUAUUCAUCGCUUGUCACAAGUACAAGCACUCCCCAUAACAACAACUGCUUAUUGCUCCUACUACUGAGAAGUAGGACUUGUGCAAGUACAGACCUAGCAUGGAGUUCUUAUCCAUGAUUUGCUUAUCAUUUGCUGUUGUUGGUUUCUUCUGCUUUCUCAUCAGUUCCACGCGUAAAUUCGCCGCGUUUGGCCGCGGAAAAUUGCCUCUCCCACCGGGGACUUUGGGCUGGCCUUAUAUCGGCGAGACCUUUCAACUAUAUUCACAAAAUCCCAAUGUGUUCUUUGCUUCAAAAGUGAAAAAGUUUGGUUCUAUAUUCAAGACACAUAUUUUGGGAUGUCCUUGUGUGAUGAUAUCAAGUCCUGAAGCGGCGAAGCUUGUGCUUGUGACAAAAGCUCAUCUCUUCAAGCCUACAUUUCCUGCUAGCAAGGAAAGGAUGUUGGGCAAACAAGCCAUCUUCUUUCACCAGGGAGACUAUCAUGCUAAGUUGAGAAGAUUAGUACUCCGAGCAUUCACCCCGGAAGCAAUCAAGAACAUCGUGCCGGACAUCGAAUCAAUUGCUGUUCAGUCUCUUGAAUCCUGGGAAGGAAGAAUGGUCAAUACUUUUCAAGAAAUGAAGACAUAUACUUUCAACGUUGCAUUACUUUCCAUAUUUGGAAAAGAUGAAGUUCACUAUAGAGAAGAUCUCAAGAGGUGCUACUACAUUCUUGAGAAGGGAUACAAUUCAAUGCCUAUUAAUCUUCCUGGAACGCUCUUCCACAAAUCCAUGAAAGCUAGGAAGGAAUUGGCUCAGAUCUUGGCUAAAAUCCUUUCGCUCAGGAGGGAAAUGAAGCAGGAUUACUGCGAUUUGCUCGGAUCAUUCAUGGGAGACAAAGAAGGCCUAACUGAUGAACAAAUUGCAGAUAACAUUAUUGGUGUUAUCUUUGCUGCCCGUGACACCACAGCCAGUGUUUUAACAUGGAUCCUCAAGUAUCUUGGAGAGAAUCCCAGUGUUCUAGACGCUGUCACUAAGGAACAAGAGGCCAUAAUGAGGACCAAGGAAGAACGUGAAGAGAAGGCUCUGAGUUGGGCUGACACCAAGAAAAUGCCAAUCACCACCAGAGUGAUUCAAGAAACGCUCAGAGUUGCUUCAAUCUUAUCUUUCACCUUCAGAGAGGCUGUUGAAGAUGUUGAAUUCGAAGGUUAUCUGAUACCAAAAGGAUGGAAAGUAAUGCCACUUUUCAGAAACAUUCACCACAGCCCAGAUAAUUUUCCAGAUCCUGAGAAGUUCAACCCUUCAAGAUUUGAGGCUGCUCCAAAACCCAAUACAUUUAUGCCAUUUGGCAAUGGAACCCACUCAUGUCCAGGGAAUGAGUUGGCCAAGCUGGAGAUCUUGGUCCUAGUACAUCACCUGACCACAAAGUACAGGUGGUCUAUGAUGGGCCCACAAAAUGGAAUUCAGUAUGGCCCUUUUGCUCUUCCCCAAAAUGGUUUGCCCAUCAAGCUGUCUCUCAAGUCAUAGAAAGAGGGCUGUCUAUCCAAAAAAUUUCCCAAACUCCAAUUUGCAUAAUUGUUUAUGCUGAGAAAACCAGAUUUUUGUGGGAGAGAUCUCUACUCUAAUAAAAGAUCUCUACUCUAAUAUGGCAUGAACACAAGGAAGGAACAAAAUCCUCAUCAACCUGCUCCCAAGCUAGUCAGAAAUAAGAGAUAUCCCACAAGAAGUAAAAUACUGGGAUGUCAAAAUUCUACCAGGGAAAGCAAAUUGUACAUAAAGAGGUUUUUAACACACUAGAGGAAAUCCAGAGAGGACCUGAAAGAUGCAAGUCCUAUUCAUUUUCAAGACAAAUAUAGGAAAACCAGACAGCAUAGAGAAAUUAUUGUAAAAUAGUUAGUUUAGUUCCAAUUACACUUUGUUUUGGUUUCUACUAUUCUAACGUGUAAAGAGUCCGCAAGGCAAAAUAAUUUGAAA